AUGUUGAAAUCAUGCUCAACAAUUCGAUCGGUUCUCUCGAGAUCGAUCUCAACUCGUCAGCUGAUCUAUGAAACUCACGGAGCGCCCGAGAAGAUGAUUAAAUUGAAAAGAGUCGAGUUGCCGGACAAGUUGGAAUCGGAGCAAGUGCUCGUGGAGUGGAAGGCCAGUCCGAUCAACCCGGCGGACAUUAACCACGUGCAGGGGGUGUACGCGGACAAACCGAAUCUGCCGGCCAAUGCAGGAAUGGAAGGAGUCGCCCGAGUCGCGAAGGUUUGUCGCGGUCAGAAGUCGGAGACAACUGAACACCUUUCCAGGUGGGCUCAGCCGUAAAAUCUCUGAAAGAAGGCGACCAAGUAAUUAUUGACUACCAUGUCAUCGGCUCGUGGGCGGAGCACGGAAUCUACUCCGAGAAGGAUCUGAUUCCCAUUGACAACGGCCUUCCGUUGGAGUACGCGGCCUUUCUGAAAGUGAAUCCGCCGUCCGCGUACUUUAUGCUCAAGGAGUUUGCUAAUCUGAAGCCCGGCGAUUGGGUUCUUCAGAAUUGUGCAAACUCGGCAGUAGGAAAGCAGGUCAUUCAGGUGCAGAGAAGAAAAGAUUGAAGCUUCUCAUAACAUGAAUCACUUUAAGAUCUCAAGAAUUCUCGGUUUCAAGACGUUCAACGUUGUCCGUAAUCGUGAGAAUAUCGAAGGCCUUGUGAGGGAAAUGAAGGGCUUGGGCGCGGACGAGGUGAUCACGGAAGAGGAGAUGUUCGACCGGAAGAAGACAAAACUGCCACGUGUCAAGCUGGCGCUGAACGGAGUCGGAGGAAAGAGCUCUGUGUUCCUGGCGAGUGCCCUCAAGCCCGGCGGAUGCAUGGUGACGUACGGAGGAAUGAGCAAACAGACCACCCAGGUUCCCUUUCGUUUUCUCAUCCCAAUUGACCUUUCACUUCAGUCACCGACGGCUUCUCUCAUCUUCAACGACAUUUCGUUGCGCGGAUUCUGGCUCAAGCCGUGGAGCCAUCAGAAAAAGGCCGGAGGGGAGCUGCAGAAAGUCUUCAACAAACUUUCCGGAUGGAUGAAGAGCGGCGAGAUUGUGAAGCCCGACUUUGUGGAGAGAUCCUUGGAGGAGCACGUGGAAGCACUCGCCGAAGCGCAGAUCAAGUUCGACAGGAAGCAGCUCUUUUUCAUGAACAAGAGCAGUUAGCACAGGCGGUCGGAGAGAGCCCGUGUUGAAUAAAAGUGAGCACGCACACACAUAAUCACAAUCACGUCGAGUUUUUCUGUGUGGAGCCGCUUGAGUUGAGAGCACCGUUGCCCUGGCGACACGUCUUUCAGAAGAGGGUGGAGCCGAGUGCAUUCCGCCCGACUCCUCGCCUUCUGUCGCUGUUUCCAGUUUCUCCCUCCUCUUCGUUCGCUUCUUUUUUCAAUUUUUUAAUACGCGUUUGGUCUCCAAGGAUGUAUCCGUUCUUCCACGAUGAUUGGACGAUGACUCCACGAAUGACGCAUUCACGCACGAGCGAUUCCCCAUCUGAAAGGAAGUCGUCUUGUCAUCUCUGAGAGUUGAUAGUAUUUCCUCACUUUCACCCAAUUAGGACGUUUCGCCAGCUUCGCUAGCCCGAAGACGUCAUUCCGUUGUUUUCACGAGAUGUCCCCUCUUUCUCCUUGGCUAACAGAGUCUCCAUCAUCUAUUUCUGUCUGAUUCGGUUCUUGCAGAUUUGAGAUGAAAAGUUCUGGCAAUUCGAAAUCAUCACUUCAAAAACCGUAAGUCAUUUGAAUACAAAUCCACGUCUCCCUUGUUUUUUUUUCACGAAUUGACCGAAUUUCAUCGGAAUGUUCAAUUUAUUAACAUGAAACCGAGUUGAAAACAUGCACUUUUCGAAAAGUGUAUUCCCAGUUGUAUUCCGAGGAAUGAUCAGCUGGUCUGUUCAGAGAAACGAGUUAUUUUCGUGAUGAGAAAUCUUUGAGAAUAUGACUCAGAUUCUAGAAUUUUCCAUUCCAAACCCGCCAAUUUCAGUCAAACGAUCCGCGCGAGAGCUGGCAGCACGCCGGGCUUGGACAGCCGACAAAUUCACUCUCUUAUCAACCGGAACAACGCGUUCACUCGCAUCCUUUGCAAAGAUUCGGACACCGUCGGUGAGUGCGAGAACUUGCCCCGAUCUUUCCACCGAUCAUCUUCACAGACUCGCCCAUUCCGACCCUUCCAUCGACGCGUUCCUCCUCUGUCAUCUCAAUUAUAUCAUCGGCUUCUUUUGUCGAUGGAUCUCAAAGCUCCGGACGGCUGAUCAAAGUGGCACCCGCCAAGGUGCGCCAUUCGAAAUCGGCCAGUCGCUGGCAGGGCCUCUGCCAUUCAGUUGUGAGCUCCAAACUUAUCUUCGCACCUUUUGAGGGGGUAUUUAUGUGCACGAGGGGGUGAUAAUUGAAAUCGAAUAGGGCCCGGAAGUACAGCUCGAAAUGGAGUUAUCACGAGGCUAGAGUGCGUGUAUUUGGGGAAGCUGUGGCAAAACGGAAAGCCCGUGCACAGAUCACAGACACGCCUAAAAGGGCAGCAGGUGUUGAGGGUUCAUUCCUCCGUGCAUUCUCUCACUUUCCCCCCUGCACGCCUUCUUCCCUUUCCAUUCUCUUUUUCUUCAGCAAGACACCGUAUCCCUCCUUUCCGAUGAUUCUUCCUCCCUUUCCGAUACUCCAAGGACAAUCACCUCAGCUUCGAACAUUGAAUUCACGGACGACGACUCCCUUUCCCUCGAAACCCUCUCCCCGACCUCCCUCAAUUCGCCAACUGACAGUCCUGAUGAAGUAUUCGAGAAGGUGAAAAGUGCAAUCGCAUCGGGAUCUUCCACCCCGCCCGCCCUCCGUUCCUCGCUCCCAUUCCGAUCGUUGUACUUGGACGAAGUGGUCUGGCAGAUCGACGAUGUUGUCUUCGCCUCCGCCAUCGACGCCGUCAACAACAACUCGCUGAUGUGCCGUCUCAACAUCGAGUUUAUUUGCGAGAUUGCCGACGAGAACGCAGAUCACGUGCAAGAGACGAGGUGAGCUCUGUGUGUUUUGUGCUGACUGGACGCGGUGUGUUGUUGUUGCUUUCCAGACGCCAGAAUCGUGGCUUCGACUGUCCGUGCUUCUGCAGUCGCGCGAGCAGCCACUUCCGUUACUACCUCUCCUACAGCCUUCCAGAAACGGAGCAGCGGUGCAUGCAGGUGCGAAGAGUCUUUUCCUUUUAAAAGUUCCCCUUUUCUUUUUCAGCUGUCCACAGAGGACACCAAACUCAACGAGAUGUUUGAGGGAUUCAUCGACCUCGUUCAUCGGGCUCAAAAGGCGCGCAAAAAUGUGCUCGUGUGCAGUACACGGGGACGGAACAGGGCUCCCGCCUUCGCGUCCGCCUAUCUCAUGAAGAAAGAGCUGAUUUCGAGACAGACGGCCGUUGCGAAAGUGAGAACCGCCAUGAACACUAUGAGACCGCCCGUGAAUAUUUCGGAUUUUAUGCAGAGAAAGUUGAUGAGGUACGUUGUUUUAAUAACGUCUAAAAGCAAAAAGUGUCUUUUCAGAUUCCAGCAACACAUUGGAGUCGACCCCUCAAAUGCCUAUGAUCCAGCUCACACUCUCCCACUUUUCCAAGUGAAGCGCUCCGCGUGGACAUGA